UCAGCUGAGAACACAUUUCUUCUCCAAGCCCAGCCCGUGGGUGGAGCUCGUCUCCCUAUAAGCACCAGAUGAAUUUACUGCUUAUUGAAACGUGAUAGUUUAUUUCCUCUCUGCUACUGAGCUACACGUGCCAAAGACCAUUUGUUUGAAGAUUUUUUUGUGAACUCUGGAUAUUUUGGAUAUAUUGGAGGCUUUGCAAAGCGAUGGGCAUUGUAGCCACCUUGAAAUCUCAGUUCAUCUGCCACCUUCUCAUAUGCUACAUCUUUGUGGUGACUGGACUCAUCAUCAACUUCCUUCAGCUCUGCACCCUGGUAAUAUGGCCGAUCAAUAAACAACUCUACAGACGAAUUAAUUGCAGAUUGGCAUACUGCAUUGCCAGCCGUAAGGAAGCAUUUUAUUCAAAUUUACUAUGCUCUUCAAUCUGCAGACGAAUCCCAUUAGAAGACAUUCCUGAAGAUGAAAAUGAAUGUGCCGCCUGGCUUCAUAAACUAUAUCAAGAAAAGGACAUGCUGCAGGUGGACUACUUCAAAAAAGGCUUUUAUCCAGGCACUCCAAUUGUACCACCAAAACGACCGUGGGUCCUUGUAAACUGGCUGUUCUGGGCUGCUUUGCUGCUGUUUCCUUUAUUUAAGUUAAUUGCUAACAUGAUCUGCAAUGGAUCUUCCUUGACCCUAAUUACUUUCUCACUUAUCAUUGUUGCAGCCUCCAUUGGUAUGCGAUGGAUGAUCGGAAUGACAGAAAUAGAAAGGGGCUCCAGCUAUGGCAACAAUGACAUGAACCGAAAAAAUUAAUUUCCACGGAGACUGCUAGUACCUCAAAUGAAGAAAAUAUAUUUUUUUGAAGAGUUGGGACAGAUACUGGGGUCAAGGGGAUAAUGCACCUAAAUUGCUGUUUCUUUAGCGUACAGAUCACUGUGUAGAGUGCCACCUUAAUCUACACAAAAGGGUAGUGUAAAUAGGUAUCCUUUUGUGAUGUAUGUGGUGUGUGAAACCAUUCGCACAGUAAUAAGAAAUAGUGAAAUUGGAUAUUGUCAGAAUUCUACACCAAUAGUGUCACUUGCAGGUCUGACAUUGAUGUUUUCACUAUUAUAUGACAUUUCAAUCUAAAUGGAAAUGACUUUUUUUUUUAAAAAGAGAACCUGGUGUAAUGGAAGAAUUCAGCUUUUUUCUAAUAACAUAAAAUUGUGCUUCUAACUUAUUCAAAUGCAUUUGUAUUUUACUGAAUCGGAGUCCUUUUUGGGGCUACUUGGACCAAGAUGAUGUCUUUCAUUAUCUAAUUGAAAUAUUUCUGGUAUGUGAUCCUGUCCUUGACGAAUGGAGAUGCUUUGUCUGUAAAGUAGGUGGAUCUGCUCUUACAGAUUGAUGUUGUAUAACAGUUAAAAGUCAAAAGUUACAGAUUUGUACCUGGCUCUCCAAGAACGCCACUGGUCUUGCUGUAAUCUUUCUUGUGAAAUGAAUGGAGGCAUUUCACCAUAGGGUGAGACAAUAAUCGGUCUUGCAUCCAAUGCAGCUCUUCUGCAUCUCUCAAUGCGUAAUUUUGGUUCCAAAAUGAAAGACUGGGUUACUUGCCUGCCAUCUUGCCAAGAGAAUGGUGCAACUCCGGGAGAGAGAGAAAAUAUACAUGCGAUGGGGAACUGUAAAAUAAAUUCUAAAGGACCUAGCUUACCUGGAGAAUGCACUUUGCAGAUUUUAAAUAGAUGAAUUGUUUAAUAUUUCAAAUUUUGAAAUUGAGGAACAGAAGAGAACUGAAAAAUUUCACCAAUACUUUGGCCUCGCACAUGGUGUUCUGUAAAUUUAUAUGAAAUAGUCUGUGGACUGCUCUUAAAUACCUCCUUAAUCUGUUUUUGUAGUGCCCUUUUGUUUUUGAAAAGAAAUUGCCUUUGAUCAGCAUAGUUACUGAUCUCCUAGGGCUUCUGUCAUUUUCUUGAGAUAUUGUCAUAGUGCCUAUUUGAUUACGAGACUCUGGAAUGCCAAACUUUGAGAAUGCACUGAUAUAUAACACAGAAUUUAGUGGAAGAAACUAAAUGAAAUUAGAUUUGUGUUACUACAGAAUAAUACACUAUAUAAUUCUCUUGUUUGAAUUCUGUGAUGUCUAAAGGAAUGUUAGCCACAUCAAAUGAACAAAAGUGACAACAUUGGCUACUUCAUCACUGUUCCUUCAGUGAAAAAGAAACUUAGUUUCCUUAAUUUUCUCUGCUUUUGCACUACUUUUACAGCCCAGUCGGCAUUCUGUUCCUCCAUUGUCCAGAAAAUAUAUCUUCUGAUUUCUCCAUUAAUCUUUUUGAGAUAUCAGUGGCUUGUUAGUAGCAGUUUGAGGUGAAAAAUCACUGUUUUCAAUGCAAAUACUUGACUUUUUAUUUAGGGAUUCAUUUAGCAGUGUCGUGUAGGUAUGUGAAACCGGAGUAGAGCUGAGAAAUGAGCAUUGUGUGGCAUCUGAGAUUCCUGCUGCAUUUGUAGGUGUCAAUGAUUUUUCACUUUUCUAUUUUCUUCAAUUCCUUCCUUUUUUAUUUCGCCCUCAAUGCGCAUCCCCACCAAAAAAAAAAAUUGUCUGCAAAUACUGCUAGAUUUGAGGUCCAUUCCCCUGUUCUACCCUGUUCCUAGACUGUAACAGAUCAGUCUGUUGGAGUUUCCUAUAGGACCUUUUUUCCCCUUCUUACAAUAGAUACUGCGUCAGUAAAACUUGCAAGAGGCAUGGUGUUCAGAUUUGGUGAUUAAUAACAUAAUGCAACAUGUAUACCAGAAUAAUAUGUUAAAUUGUGCCCUAGGUGACUGGUAUGAUUUUUGCCUUUAUUUUCUGUACAGGUAGUUCUCCUAUAACGUGAUAGUCGCAUUCUUGUGUAACCUCGUGCUAGAGGGAAAUCGUGCUACCUAUACAGCAGAAAGUUUGAGUUAUCCAAGCAGUGUCCACUAUUCAUCAAUUGUGUUACAGCUAAUUCAUGUUAAUGAAAUAGGUGUUAUAGUGGAACUACCUGUAUUUAUCCAGUGUAUAUUAUUACAAGUAAUACUGUACCUAUUUGGAAAGGAACUACAUGCAGAAUGUCUGUCCUUUAGAACAGUAAGGGUGUCACCAAACAGAUGUCAUUCACUGCAGUGAUGACUCUGGUGAUUUAGAAUCUCCCUGUAUUUGGAUGUUUUAAACCCUUCAGUGAAAAUUGUUAAAUGAUUUUGCUGGCAAUGAAUUUAUUGUGAAUAUCAUGUACCAAAUCAGUCACUUUGCUAGUAGCAGUAAAAAAAAAAAAAAAUUAUAAUGCACCUUAUUGGAUCUUCAAACAUCUUGCAGUCAGGUAAGUUUUGAAGUACUUUCUCUAUCCCCUAGGUGGAUGAAACAGCCUAUUUGUGCACAGCAGGGUUGUCUAAAGAGCGUUGGAUAACUGAGCAAAAAUAGUUUGCAAUCAUGAUAGUAUUGCAUUUCAAGGUGGUAAUUUGAGGCACUGUAAUUGGAUGUGCCCAAAAUUGUCCUGUUACUGAAUAGUUUUAAACUCCCUCUUGGCAGGAAGCAUGUGCUACCAGCCUCCUACAAAACUUUUGUAUCUCUGAGUGUAAAGUGUGUUGCGCAAGAACCAGCAGAUGAAUUUAAAAUGUAUACUAGAGUUAAAAGUUCAAUUCUUGAGACCAGUAUUUUGGGCAAAAAUUUGAGUUAACGUUCAUAUGAAAAUAUUGAGUUGUUGAUUAUGUGUGCUUAAAUUUGGGUCUACACAGCUUGAAAUAAAAAAGACAAUUUUGAGAGUGAAACCAAAAAAGAUU